AUGGGUUCUGGAGAUUUGGAAAGAAAAGCUUGCGAAUCGUUUAUCGAUAAAUUAAUUGAAGAAGAAAAUUGUAAUAUUGAACUAUUUCUAACGGAUCGACAUAGAGGUAUUCGAUAUUUUUUACGUACAAAAUAUCCUCAAAUUGAACAUGAAUUUGAUGUAUGGCAUUUGUCUAAGAGUUUGUCGAAAAGAUUGAAAGGACUUGACAAAAAAUAUCCAGAUGCAUAUUUAUGGAAAACGAGCAUAAAUAACCAUUUAUGGUGGUCCUCUCAAACUUGUAAUGGUGACGGAUCAUUACUUGUUGAAAAAUUCACCUCAGUUCUUAACCACAUUAGUAAUAUACACGAAUGGGAAGAUAAUGGCAGAACAAUAAAAUAUGAACACGAAAAGUUAAACGACGAAGACUUAAAAAACAAGCUUUGGAUACAUCCUAAUAGUGAAUCUUACUUUGCGUUGAAAAAAAUUAUUAUGGCUAAAGAUUUGUUAAAAGAUUUACAACAUGCAAAACAUUUUGUACAUACUGGUCGCUUGGAGUCUUACCAUAACGUUCGCUUAAAAUAUAUGCCAAAAAGAAUACACCUCAAGUUUAAUGGAAUGUAUUUACGUUCGAUAAUUGCCAUUCUCGAUCACAAUUAUAAUGUAAAUAAAACACUCGUAGGAGAGAAGUUAGUUUUUUCAAAACCAAUCGGCCGUCAAAAAAUCGUUACGAAAAUCCAUCAAACAAUUGGCGACAAAUUAUAA